UUUUCUUGUUUGCAGAUGCCGACUACUUCUUGUCAGCCAACGGUGGUGCCGGCCUCACGGGAGGUCACUACAUGUACCUGGAAACCAUUUUGGAGGAGACGUCAGAUGACCUGCGAUCGGAAGAUAGUGACAUCGACUCGAGGUGCUCACCUGCUGGUUGGUUCGCAACCGAUUCAGAAGCGGGAUCGGUUAUCUGCAUCGACCCACCAGAAGAUCUGGGUUGCGAAUCAGACCGCGAACUAGCCUGCCCGGCCAAACGGCGCAAACAAGACUACUUCCUCUCCAUUCCAAGCACAGAAGAAGACCUCAGCUCGCUCAGUAGGUCUAGCAGCCUAGUGCAAUUCGAAACCUUGGAGAAGCAGUGCCAGGAGAUCUGCUCUAGCUCCCCAAGCGUCUAUUCCCAGUUCAGUUUUGACUCCUUGGAGGCCACUAAUCGCACCAAGACUGUCAGUCCGGAUAGCCUCAACAGUCCAGAAGCUGAAGAUGAGGUCGACUACUACAAGACCUUGAAAAUCGACGUGCCACUGCGCAAAAAGACCAAAGACGACAGCUUGCUCUACAACGCCACCAGGCUGUCCGGAUCUGACUCCAGCGACUCAGACGGUACGUUAGGCAACUCGAGAUCGUGCGAUAAUCUGAAGACCUGGAGGAGUUUUGACAGUCUUCCGGUCAACACCAAGAGCGUGAGGGAGAAGGUGUCAGCGGAGAAUUUAAGUGAGGAUAGCGGUUACAGCGAUCAUAUGACAAAGUCUUCGAGUGCGAGCAAUUUGAAAGACAGGGAAGUGAGGAGAGGGUCCAGGGGUGCUAGAGAGGACAGGAGGGGGUACGCUGGGUUUUCGGCGUACGACGGUGAUGUUUUCACGCAUGAGAUCAGCGGCAACUUCGGCAUCAGCUACCAUGACCUGACCAUCUUCAAUACCUCAGAUACUGCCAACCGCCUGGACUCCUUGAAGUCCCCGAAGUCAUCCUCGGUCGCGAUGGACCACUUCGCCAAAAGCUCCUCGACGACCGGCGCCGUGACGAGAACCCUAAAAUUAGACCGGGCAGAAUGCGUAGAUAAUUUUAGACAGCUGUCCUGCAGUGAACCCGACUUGCUACAGGCCUGUGCCGGCGACGACAGUUGCAAAGUCGCGAUCGACACUGUCGCGGGGAGUAGUGCUUCCAGCGUGCCUAAGGACCUGAACUACCUCUCUGGAGAAGACUCCCAGGUGUCACACCAGGUGUCUCCCCAGGAGUCCGUCGCCGCGAAAGACUGGAACCUUGCCGACUUUUUGGACGAUUCUAUCACCGCGAGUGAGGAAAGUGCUUCUAGCGUGCCUAAGGACCUGGACUGCCUCGCUGGAGAAGAGCCGCAGGAGUCCGAGCCGGAGAAAAAUUUAGUAGAUAAUGCAGUGAUGGCCACGAUGGAGAAUACUGGCCAAUAUAAGAGGGAAGGGAGCUAUGCGGAGGCUAUGGCUAACAGAGUGGAUUUAAGCGAUGAUGAGCACAGCUUGAUCAACAGGAACAAACCGAAGCUUCCCAAGCAUGCUAUAGUUGAGUUUGAUAAGCGAGUACUGAAAGCGAUCUCCGAGCAGAGCCUUCAAAGCAUCCUGAGCAGUACGCAAAAUCUUACCAUUACCACCGACCGACGUGUAGAUGAAGCAUUUGCUUCUACUCCGAUUUCUGAGAAAAGAAACAUUGCCAGCACUCCGAACUUGGCCGCCAUAAACCAGCGCAAUCCGGAAAAAUCCUGUUUCGACGAGGAAAGAAGACGGUCGGCGUAUGACAUAAGGCGAAAGAACAGCAUCAUCAAGUCGAGCACCAGCACCAGCGGGCUAUCAGACGCCGAUGAAAAAACCCUUAGUUAUGCGGGCUCUACAAAUUCCAAAGGUGUCCAUUUCUCCCCGGUGGUUUCGGAAGUUAACUGGCGAGACUCGAGUAUCUCAACGGUUACCCCGGACAGAGAGUCUAGCGUGUAUAGCUUGGAGAGUUCCUCUCCGGAAAGAAGGCCUUCUCCUCCGACCGAGAUCCAUAAGCCUAAGGCUAGAAGGUUCGCGUAUUCGCAACCGAAUCUGUCGGACAACGAUGAAGUAAGCAAAAGAGAGUUCGAGGACUCGUUGAGAAGCUUGAGACAAGCGGAUUAUAGUAAGAGUCAGCCAGAUGUGUCCAGACUUAGACGAAGAGGCAGCCAGCUGGUGAAGAAAGACAAGGAUGGCGCGGUGGUGCGCGCGUACGUGGACUCCGAUGGGGUGCAGUACCGCCACACCCACUUGGAUCAGGGCCUACUGGGAGCCGCAGCGGCGCACCAGCAACGCGGCAACGCGCAACAUCAAUCGCAGUUGGCAGGAGCGAGCUCAGUCGACGCGAUGCAGCCGGCGAGUGCGCAACGCGAAGAGAUCGCCGGACGCGGCCGGAAACGAUCGGGCAAGAUCGGCGGGUUCUUCCAGAGGUUAACCGGGUUGAGGUUCAGUUUGAGGAAGAAUGAGACGAAGAAGAAAAGUGGAGGAGGCGGUACUGUGGAUGGAAAUUCUAAUGGUGCAGCCCUGCUGGCACCCCAGCAACAGCAACAACAGCAGCAGCGGGUGGCAUCAAAGUCCGACUACAUUUACAUCCCUCUGAAAGGCCCCCCGGGUAGCGGCGGCAAUGGCAACGUCGACCGGCCACCUGCCGCCUCUGCCGCUAAUGGGGGCGGCGCGCAUGCUGUGGCGGCAAAACCGCCGCUGCCCAAACAGCCCCCGAGGGUAGUGCAUGUUAGUGUCAAGCAGGGGAGCAGAGGGCAGUUGCACGAUCACAGCCCACCCCUGUCUUCGUCACAUCCGGAGCAACAGCAGAGCGCGCGCAGCCAUCACCACCACCACCGCCACAAUCAGCAGCAGCAGCAUCGCCGCCACCGUACGAUCGAUGCCACCCCCGGAGGCGGUCACGGAGGCGGCAGUAGCCUCGCGAACGCGUCGCCUAACGGCGCGAUGAACAGCGCAGAUACCAAUGGGGCCAACGCACUCAACGAUCACAGGUGCGUGGGUGGUCUUCUGGAAACAGACAUCGAUACCCAAGUGACAGUAGUGACGUCCGCGAACGGCACCAAAGCGAGAAGCUUAUUGGACCUCGGUGAUGGAAGUAGCGGAAGAAAUAGACAGCAACUCACUCUACAAUCUGGUGAGGAGAGAAGAGAUAGACCGCACAAAUCGAUGGAGUUCCUUUUGGACAAGGAGAACCUCAAGGUUGUCGAGGUGAGUGAAAAAUGA